AUGCAAACCACCAUAGCAGUCAUCGAUAAUGUUCUCGACCAUCUUUCAUUCGCACCAGGACCCUCAAAGAUCAGCUACGUACGCGCAGAUGCCAUCGCAUAUUUCUCCACGCCGCUCUUCUACGAAUCCGUAAACAAUCCUUUAGCAAGCUGGAGGCACCAUUGGGAGAAUGGAGCCGCGAAUGGGUGCAUAUAA